GUGACAACUUGUGAGAGGAAUAUUGACAAGACCGAGUUGCGACCGAGAACUCUUUCGCCAUCGAUAUCAUUGUCGCGCCUUAUGGCGACUUGUCGGAACGUCGAAGGAUGGCACAUUGUGUCCAAGCUUCGUGAAUUCGACCUCACUCUUUGCUUUGAGGAAGGUGUCCUUUUGACAUCUCUUCUGGCUCUACUGCUACUAUCGGUGACUUGCAGAAUUUGGACCUUAAAAUGUCUUCCCUCUCGUGAUAUAUCGCGGAAAAGUCACUGGCGACUGUGGGCGAAGCUGACUUUGUUGGGGCUGGCCAUCGUCACGUCCUGCUUCAAACUCUUCCUCGUCUUGUCACUUAGGCACACAGCAUCAGUCGUAUGGCCUUACGUCCUCGAACCACUCGCGCUGAUUGCGUCCUGGGUACUCACCCGACUGAACCAUCGCCGGACACGUUCAUCCUCAACCAUUCUCCUACUAUUUUGGCCUUGUUACACUGCCGGGCUGGCAAUAUGGACCAGAUCGUUCAUGCAUGACGAAGUUUCACAUGACCUUUUCGAGAUUCUUUCAAAAUGGGCCGUAGAACUUUUUGCUCUCCCGGCAUACGCGCUGGAGUGCAUCUCUCCUGAUGAUUCGGUCAAGGACAAUUCGGAGAGUCCAGUGGUCACGGCCAAUGUGUAUAGCAUUUGGUCAUUUUCGUGGUUGACGUCGUUGAUGAAGAAAGGUUCGAAAGAGAUUAUUACGGAAAACGACUUGCCUGCUUUGCUCCCCCGUGACGAGUCAGAGAAUCUUGGAAACGAUCUACAGUCCGCUCUGGACAAACACUCGUCCUUUUGGGUCGCAUUGUUUCUGUCGUAUGGUGGCCCGUAUAUGGGUGCCGCAUUCUUGAAACUCUUGCAGGACGGCCUCGCAUUCUUGCAACCUCAACUUCUUCGAUGGCUCCUCGCAUAUAUUUCUAACUAUCAGAGCACCAAAGGCACGGCCAACGUCCUUGUUGGUCCGAGCCCUCUCGAGGGAUAUGCCGUUGCUAUCAUUAUGUUUGUGGCAUCGAUGUCGCAAACCGUCGUUCUCCACCAGUACUUUCAAAUUUGUUUCGAGACUGGUAUGCGUGUUCGCGCAGGCUUGGUGACCGCCAUCUACAAAAAGUCUCUUGUGCUCUCUAGCGAUGAGCGCGGGAAUCGAGCAUCUGGAGAUAUCGUCAACUUGAUGUCUGUCGACGCGAGCAGGCUGCAGGAACUAUGCACCUACGGUCUGAUGGCGAUCUCUGGACCGUUCCAGAUUACGCUGGCUUUUGUAUCCUUGUACAACCUUCUCGGAUGGUCGGCUUUUGUCGGAGUUGCAAUUAUGAUAAUCUCUAUUCCGCUAAAUACAUCGAUCGCGAGGAUGCUGAAGAGGAUGCAGGAACAACAAAUGAAGAACCGCGAUCGGCGAACGAGGUUAAUGAGCGAGCUUUUGGCCAAUAUUAAAAGUAUCAAACUCUAUGCAUGGGAAUAUGCAUUCAUUCGCCGCGUUCUGCACGUGCGCAAUGAUUUGGAGCUGACGAUGCUGAAGAAAAUUGGUAUCGUAACGGCUCUCAACACGACACUUUGGGGAGGCAUUCCUAUGAUUGUAGCAUUUAGUUCUUUUGCCGCCGCAUCUGUGUUCUCGUCGCGACCGCUCACAGCCGACGUCAUCUUCCCUGCGAUCUCGUUGUUCAUGCUUCUUCAAUUCCCACUCGCAAUGUUCAGUCAAGUCACGUCGAAUAUCAUCGAAGCAAUUGUCUCCGUCAAACGUUUAUCAGGCUUCCUGCACGCUGAGGAGCUGCAACAAAACGCGUUUAUAAAGGCGCAGAAAAACAGUCUGAACAGUGGUGACGAGGUGCUUUCAAUCAAAGGCGGCGAGUUCCAAUGGAACAAACAAGAUAUUACAGCUGCUCUGGAAGAUAUCAACUUGACGGUGCAUAAGGGGGAGUUAGUGGGUGUGCUCGGUCGUGUGGGCAGCGGGAAGAGUAGCUUGCUGUCAGCGAUUAUCGGGGACAUGCGUAAGACGGAGGGUGAGGUGGCUUUGUUCGGCAAUGUAGCUUAUGCUGCUCAGAAUCCUUGGAUUCUUUCUGCGACCGUUCGCGAAAACAUCCUUUUCUCGCACGAGUAUGAUGAGGUGUUCUAUAAUCUUGUUAUUGAAGCUUGUGCUUUGAAGCCCGACUUGGAGCUUCUCCCACAAGGUGACCUGACGGAGGUCGGUGAAAAGGGCAUUACUCUCAGCGGUGGUCAACGUGCUCGCGUCGCGCUUGCUCGUGCGAUCUAUGCUCGUGCAGAUCUGGUUCUUCUUGAUGAUGUCUUAGCUGCCGUGGAUUCCCAUGUUGCCCGACACGUCUUUGAUCGUGUCAUUGGUCCUCAAGGCUUGCUCGCAACCAAAGCGCGCGUUCUUGUCACCAACAGCAUCUCGUAUCUCAAGUAUUUCGAUCAACUUGUUUACCUCCGCCGCGGUAUUAUCUUGGAGUGUGGUUCGUACAAUGACUUGAUGUCGAACCCGGAUAGUGAAGUACGCAAGCUUGUUCACGGUCACGCCACGACCGGUCCCAACUCUGGGGCGACCACACCUGGACGGUCCAGCGGCAUGGCCACUCCUACCACAAGCGAGGGAGACAUGCAAGCCACCCUUGUUGGAGAGCUUGAAUGUGUAUCAGAGAAAGUAUCACGCAGAGAAAGUUUCAAAAAAGCCGCCCUUGCUGCACCGCCCAAACUGCGCGACGCCACUUCCGAAGGCAUCUCGAAGGAGCACAGUGAACAGGGUCGCGUCAAGAUGGAAGUGUACUCACAGUACCUCCAUGCAGCAUCGAAGGAAGGCUUCCUGUUAUUUGUGUUUGCCACGGUCCUGCAGCAAGUGGUAUCCGUCAUGUCAACCUUCAUGCUGAGGCUCUGGGGCGAGCAUAACCGCGAGAUGGGUGCCAACGCGGGACUGACAGACAAGUAUUUCCUGGGAUAUGGAUUGUUCAAUUUUGUUUCCAUUUUCUUAGGCGCAUGUGCUGCGCUCCUGAUUUGGGUGUUCUGCUCUCUUCGGAGUUCAAAGCAUCUUCAUGAUUCGAUGUUGCAUUCGGUUAUGCGUGCGCCUCUGAGCUUUUUUGAGACAACGCCAACGGGACGUAUUUUGAACUUGUUUUCUCGCGACACUUAUGUUGUCGAUCAAAUCCUGGCGCGAGUGAUCCAAAAUAUGGUACGCACGAGCGCGGUCUGCGCUUCUAUCGUAUUGGUCAUCGGGUUCAGCUUCCCGCCCUUCUUGAUCGCCGUCGUUCCGCUGGUGUGGUUCUACUCCAAGGUUACCGCGUACUAUCUCGCGACGUCGCGUGAACUCAAGCGUCUAGAUGCGGUGUCCCGCUCACCCAUCUUUGCGUGGUUCUCGGAAUCCCUGGCCGGGAUUUCCACCAUUCGGGCCUUCGACCAGCAAUCUGUUUUCAUUGCCAGCAACGCGCGCCGUAUUGAUCGCAACCAGUUGUGCUACCUCCCCAGUACUUCCGUCAACCGCUGGCUUGCAGUCAGACUGGAGUUUGUUGGAGCAAUCAUUAUCUUCGUCACGGCUGUUUUGACUGUCGCUGCCGUUGCGACCAGUGAUGUUGAUGCGGGAUUGGUUGGUCUGGUUCUGUCGUAUGCUUUGAGUACAACAGGUUCACUGAACUGGUUCGUCCGCUCCGCGAGUGAAGUAGAACAGAACGUGGUUAGCGUCGAGCGUAUCGUCCACUAUGCGAAAGACCUUGAGCCGGAAGCUCCUUAUGAGCUCCCUGAGAACAAGCCUGCCUCUGAGUGGCCCACUGCUGGGGAAGUUGAAUUCCGGGAGUACUCGGCACGGUAUAGGCCUGAGCUUGAUCUGGUCCUGAAGGAUAUUUCUAUGACCAUAAAACCCAAAGAGAAAAUAGGAAUAUGUGGCCGGACUGGGGCAGGAAAAUCAUCCCUUCUUCUCGCCCUCUUCCGGAUCAUCGAGCCUGCAUCUGGAACUAUCUUCAUUGAUAAAGUAGACAUAAGCAAACUUGGCCUGCAUGACUUGCGUACCGCGAUAUCCAUCGUUCCUCAAAAUCCAGACUUGUUCGAGGGCACAUUGCGAGAGAACAUCGACCCUGUUGGCGAGCACCAGGACGUUGACAUAUGGACCGCUCUGGAACAUGCCCAUCUGAAGGCAUAUAUAGAAUCACUCCCUGGGGGACUAGAUGCUCCAGUUCAGGAGGCCGGAUCAUCGCUUUCAGCAGGUCAGAGGCAGCUUUUGUGUUUCGCGAGGGCGCUCUUGCGCAAGACUAAAGUGCUCGUCCUCGAUGAAGCAACAUCUGCAGUUGAUCUAGAUACCGACCGAGCAAUUCAAGAAAUUAUCCGGGGUCCAAUCUUCCGCGAUGUAACCAUUCUAACCAUUGCGCACCGCUUAAACACGAUCAUGGAGUCUGACAGGGUUCUAGUUUUAGAUGCUGGAAGGAUUGCAGAAUUCGAGUCUCCACAGAAGUUGCUGGAGAACAAGAGUUCCAUCUUCCGUUCUAUGGCGAUGGAGGCUGGUCUAGUUCAGGCCCAGCUUGAUGAUGAAGUGAAAGCAUAGGUGAACGUGCCUAAUCAUGCACACAUUUUUAUGUGCCGAGAUGUUUGUUCGAGAAUAUAAUGUUAUAACCACACAUAUUUGUUCUUGCUCUCGUCUUUCUCUGUCAAUUAUCUAACUGCAUUCAUUGAUGAAGCUAAGGAGGGCUGGCCCGAUGCUCGGCUCACAAUAUAUCGCAGAAGCAUCAUAUGGGCGGCAGAUAAUGCUAGCGCGGCUUUGUUGCUACCCGAUGCACCCUCACGUGCAAUG